AACGCUGCGAGGGUAUAGCUCUAUGACGAGCUUACCGGUUACGAGUGAUGAGUUUAAGCAGGCUCUAGCGGGCGGCUUGUUGCAUGAAGCUUCAGGCCAUUUUGCUGGCAAACAAGUCUUGGGCAUUGCAAUCAGCGGCGGCGUAGAUUCCAUGGCGCUAGCUGCGCUCUACAGAGAGUAUCAGGAAGAAAAUGAAUCGCACCCCAAGGCCCAUGGCUUCAUCAUAGACCAUGGAGUGCGUCCAGAGAGUACAGAAGAAGCUAGUUGGGUGGCAGAGCAAUUGCGCUCCAAGCUUGGUAUUGAUUCGACUGUAAUCCCGCUCGCAUGGCCCAAGGACUUUGACUCCCGCGACGCCAGGCGAUUCGAGACCGACGCACGCAUGCUGCGUUACCAGGCGUUGGGUCGAGCAUGUAGAGAUAUGCGCAUCAACCAAUUGAUGGUGGCGCAUCAUGCCGACGACCAAGCCGAGACUGUCAUGAUGAGGAUGGCAAACAGCCGGCUGCGGUCGGGACUGCAAGCAAUGCAGCGCAAAGAGUGGAUACCAGAAUGCGAGGGCAUAUACGGCGUGUACCAUAGCGGCAGUCUGCAGGAGCCCAAUGCCAACUUGAAAAUUCCAUUUCCGGUCGAACAGGGCGGCAUACAGAUUCUCCGCCCACUACUGGGGUAUGAAAAGGCACGGCUCAUUGCGACGUGUGAAAACAAGGGCAUUGCUUGGGCAGAAGACAAGACGAACCAGAUACAGACGCUCACGUCCCGCAACGCUAUUCGGCACAUCUACAAGAACCACCGGCUUCCAGAGGCACUUGGGGUCAGAUCGCUAGUUGCAGUUUCGUUGCACAUGCAAGAGCGCAUCAAGAGACACAAAGAGCAUGCAAGGGAGCUCUUCGACAAGUGCUUGAUCAAGCUCGAUAUCCAAACCGGCAGUCUCAUGAUUCGAUUCCCGCCUUUUUCUGACCUUGUUCGGCGCCCAAUCGAGACUACCUCCGACAAGAUCGAGGCAAAGAACACUGCGUACUGCCUCUUGGAACGGGUAGCUGAACUCGUCACGCCGCGAGCGAAAGCGCCUCUUGGCCAGCUCGCCGCAACCACGCACCGCAUCUAUCCAGAGCUCGCUGGUUUGGAGGACAGCGAGGCGGGUGAUUGGGAUGGAAUCCGCAAGAAAAACUACAGCGUGUUUAGUGUAUGGUGGCGCUUCUGGGACCAGCCGAGUCCCUUUUCUGAGCACAAGGAAGAGGGUAUCAAUCCAGGCCUGGCACACCCGCGAGAAUGGCUUCUCACGCGCCAGCCGCUUGAAGUGAGCGAGAGGAGAGACGCUGCAAACUACAUCGUGUACCCCCCGUCUCCGGACUCUAGUGCCCCGCAAAACGAGACGUAUCGCCUCUUUGACGGGCGCCACUGGAUCCUUAUCCGCAACCUCCUGGCCAAGGAUAAUCUCAUCCUCCGCAUCUUCCAUAAAGAGGAUUCCCGACUCUUGCCAACGUACCAGCAGAACAAAGCCGACAUGUAUCAUGCCGAUGCAGAGCGGCCGUACCGCUACAUUUCGGCAGCGUUUGACCUCCUCAAGCCGGCAGACGUGCGCUACACCCUGCCUGCAGUGUUCCGGCAAGACCGCGAGACUGGCGAGGAGACGCUGAUCGGGUUCCCAACGUUAGACGUGCGUAUUGAUGGAUUCGGGGCGCCGCCCGGCGUGUGUGAAUGGAGUGUGCGGUACAAGAAGAUUGACUUUGGGUCGCGGACAGCAGAGCAUGUCAUCGUGGCUGGCAUCUCAAGGAAAGACAUGAUUACCGAGGAGAAGAAGCAGCGCAAGAUCCAGCAGGGGUUGCACAAGGCACGCUUGGCAAGGCACAAGCGGCGCCAACACGAGGGCACGCAGCACCAGGUUCCCCGUAGCCAUUGAGGCUUUUACCACCGGGGCUAAGCUGGUGGGGCGUGUCGAUGGGAGGAGCCGUCCAAAGCAAAGUAUGCAGUAAUAGGGUUACAGG